AAGAAAGAGAGAAGGGGGAGGGAGGGAGAUGGGCGGUUGGGCAAUUGCUGUUCACGGCGGAGCUGGAGUGGACCCUAACCUUCCCUUGGAACGCCAAGAAGAAGCCAAAGCACUCCUCACUCGUUGCCUCAAUCUUGGAAUCUCCGCCCUGCGCUCUUCUCUCCCGGCUAUCGAUGUCGUCGAGCUUGUCGUAAGAGAAUUGGAAACAGAUCCGCUGUUUAACUCCGGCCGUGGAUCUGCUCUGACCGAGAAAGGAACGGUGGAAAUGGAGGCCAGCAUCAUGGACGGCCAUGGCCGUCGAUGUGGCGCCGUUUCCGGGAUAACUAAAGUGAAGAACCCUGUCUCUCUCGCUCGCCUCGUGAUGGACAGGUCACCUCACUCUUAUCUCGCCUUUUCUGGGGCUGAGGAAUUUGCCAAGCAACAGGGCGUUGAAAUGGCGGAGAACGAUUACUUCAUCACUGAGGACAACGUUGGCAUGUUGAAACUGGCCAAGGAAGCGAAAGCCAUUUUGUUUGAUUACAGAAUUCCACUGGCGGAGUCCACGUGCGGGGCGGCGGCCGAGAGUCCAAUCCAGAUGAACGGCCUCCCAAUAAGCGUGUACGCCCCGGAAACCGUGGGCUGCGUGGUGGUGGACACCCAAGGUAGGUGCGCCGCCGCCACGUCAACCGGUGGGCUAAUGAACAAGAUGACGGGCCGAAUCGGGGACUCCCCAAUCAUCGGAGCCGGCACCUACGCCUCCGAGCUGUGCGGAGUCUCUUGCACGGGCGAAGGCGAAGCCAUUCUCCGCAGCACCCUGGCCCGGGACGUGGCGGCCGUAAUGGAGUACAAAGGCCUGGGGCUACAAGAGGCGGUGGACUUCGUGGUGAAGAAGCGGCUGGACGAGGGCCAGGCUGGACUGAUCGCGGUGUCGAAUAAGGGAGAAGUGGCCUACGGAUUUAACUGCAACGGAAUGUUUAGGGGAUGCGCUACUGAAGAUGGGUUCAUGGAGGUUGGGAUUUGGGAGUAGAAAAACAACGACAAAAAUAUAUAUAUAAUUCUAGCUGUAUCGUUAUCGGUGGAUUUGCCUUCCUUGUGAUUUGCGUGGUGGGUGAUGAAUAAAGCGAUGUGCUAAAUUUAAUGUGUAAUUUAGAUUCCUAUUGUUUCUAGCUCUUAAUAAUCUUCUAAAUCUUGUACUUAUCUUCUAAAUGAUUUAUGAUUAUGUGAACCAUUAACGAAACAAGCAAAGAUUGUGUGUUGUUUUUCUGAAA